CGUUGACUCCAUCAGUUGCCGGCUAGCUGUUGAUCCGUUCGGUUCAAUUUCCGAUAGUGCUGAGUUGAGGUUGCUUGUGGUUGGUGGAUGUCCGACCAAUCGUUGAAUUGUUGAUUUAUUUCGGUGCAGAAGAUUAUUGUUGUGUGCACAGUGUUUGUGUAACGGUAGGUGGUGUGGCGUGUCAUGAAUCUCUGGACCGGUUGAUCGGCUGUGAUUCGAUUGAUGGGCCAAAGUGGAAAAAAGUGUGUUUAUGAAGUUAGAACCUAAUGCCCAAAAAACCAACCCGGACAGUGAUGGGUGGUGGGUGGUGAAAUAUGAGCUGUUUCCAAUGAAAAACCUGCUGUUCACUGGUGUGGUACUACUGCCCGCAUGCACUGCUACGAGAAUCCGGCCGCCCCGAUGCUCGGUUUGCUCCAGUUUCGUAGCGGAUUUUUAGUUUCGAUUAUAUUUUCCAAACAAUUAUUCAUGUGUUGCAAGCUAGUAAGCAAGUAAGCAAACGGCCAAGUAAGCAAUAACAAGAUGAGCAUUUAGCGCGCGCGUUGCGUUCCGUUUGGAUGGUGUGCAUUUCUUAGAGAAAGGCCCUUGUGUUGCGUCGAUGAGCCGCCAAAGUUAAACCAUCGGCGUUUGUGUAGUGUAACGAAUGUUUACAGUGUUUUUUUUUUGGAUUUUUUAUGCUUCGCUCCAGCUAACUAUUAAUAGUAGUUGUAACGUAAACAGUGAUUCUACUGGUGAUUACUUCCGUGAGUCAAACCGGGCCAGAAAAGGGUUUGCUUCAUGUUCUCGGAAUGUCAAUAAUUCUCGAUUGAUUCAAUGACCUGUGCUGAAAUCUCCGUGUGCAUGUGUGUUGGUUCAAGAAGCGUUUGCACUUGGAAGUGUCGUCAAAGUUGUGCCAAAUCAGUGGCGUGUCUACUGGAUUAAGUGAUAAUCACCGGCGAAACGAAUCGAAGAGGCGAAGAAUGAAAAAUUAAAAGGGAAACCAAUCACUCGGAUUUAGUUUUUUUUUGUUUUACUGUUGGUUUGAUCCGUUCUGCACCAGAAGCAGUAGCGGGGCACCGUUCGGCACCCCUUGCUUUAUAUCGCAAGUCUGUGACGCUACAAAUCCAACAACUAAAGUGCUCGUGAACAAUACCAGGGAUAUCCUGUCGGUGACCUGGAAUUACAACAGCUAGUGCGGUUUUUGUUUGAUUCGUAAGUGAUCCCCAAGUGAGGCUCCCACGCUGUCGAGCUGGGACCCAAGGCCCGGUGCAAUUUGGCCCGUCGUUGUUGUGUUGUGUGUCUCUGAAUAAGUACAUCAACGUUCCCAGUAUUAUCAUGUGAUGCACUAUGAACCGGAGAGUGUUGGCUUAGCACUUGUUCGUUCAUGCAAGUUUACUUUUGUUUUGUACAAUUUCUCAUUUGCUGCACGCCGUGACGGAAAUUCAAAAGCAGGUGGAAAAGCUAAAACGAGAUCGGCAGCUAAAAUCCUCGCCAAGAUAAUUACGCACCGGUCGAGAGUUCGCUAAUAACAACAAACAAUAGCCCCAGCACAGCCAGCCAGCGUAUAAUUUAUCAACUUUCAAUCGAGUAAUCAAUCAAUCAAUCAAUCAACCGCUCGAUCGAUCCAUCGAUCGGGAGAGCAGCUCGGAGCGACCGCCGCAAUUGGAUCGGUCUUUUGCCAGAUCGGUACGGCGAAAAAGCACGCAUCGAACGCGCGCGCGAUCUUGCGGAGGAUCGAGGAAGGGCAAAUAAAAAAAAAGAGGAAGAACUAGGUCCGCUGUGACGCGCACACCUUCUAGGUCGUGAAGGUGAUAAAUCAACAAACUGUUCGGCUCUGUCGACUCGCUUGUCCUAUUCGGUCGAAUCCCCGGGAGCUAAGUGAGGAAACAAGAACUAGACCGCUCGCCAAAACACCGCCACCAACAACCUUCACUAAUGGAAUCACCCGCGUGAAGGAUCUUCAACUUGGAUCGUACACACAAAAGGCUUUUGCGGUGAGCGAACGGAGCGAACUAUAGUAAGUGAAGUGAGUGAAUGAAGUAAUGAUGGAUGAAACUACGACGACGAGUCCUGGAAUGAUCCGACACUUGGUUGCGGUUGGUGCCGGAAUUCAUCGGGCCGUAUAAUCAGUCGGCAAACAAGUCGCUUGCAAGAGAAGUUAUUUUCUCAUAAGGCGGUGGUAAUUUUGUUGUUCUUGUUGUUGUUUUAUUUUUCGCGAGUGUGAUCUUUCAUAAAAGAUCUCUUUUUUUUACCCCCGGAACGGGUGUGAAGUUGAGUGAUAGUUCUUUUGACUCGGUGCAGUCGGUGUUCAUCGACAGAUCAAGCUUCACGAUGUACUGCCUUUGUCGGUCAUCGAAGACCAUCUCGUUGCGGAUUGUGCUGUUGGAUGAGACCGACUUCCUGCAUGAAUUACAGGACGAUUUGCCCGGGCAAGCCUUGUUAGAUGUAGUAUUCGCAAGACUGAACCUCAUAGAGACUGCCUAUUUCGGAAUACGAUACAUAGAUCAGGAUAAUCAGACGCACUGGUUGGAUCCUGCCUCCCGACUAUCCCGACAGCUAAAAGGCAGCAAAGUACCGUUCGACCUGUACUUUGGGGUGAAGUUUUACGCUUGCGAUCCUUGCAAGCUGGUGGAGGAAAUCACGAGGUACCAGCUUUAUUUGCAGGUUAAGCAGGAUAUCCUUCAGGGGAGGCUACCGGUUUCUUUCGAGUUGGCUGCCGAGCUUGGCGCCUACGUUAUUCAAGCCGAACUUGGUGACUAUGACCCCAGAAAGCAUCCUCUCGCGUACGUUUCGGAGUUUCGUCUGCUCAACAAUCAGACGAAAGAAAUCGAAAGCCGAAUUCAUGAAUUGCACAUGCAGCUCAAGGGCAUGUCACCCUCGCAGGCCGAGUUCAACUACCUCGAUAAAGUGAAAUGGCACGAUAUGUACGGAGUAGAUCUUCAUCCAGUUCUGGGUGAGGACAGCGUGGAGUAUUUUCUUGGUUUGACUCCUGGCGGCAUCGUAGUCCUGCGGAACAAGACCACUGUAGCCCAUUAUUAUUGGCCCCGGAUAGCUAAGGUGUACUUCAAGGGACGGUACUUUAUGUUACGGGUCUGUGAUAAAAAUAAUGAGAUUAGCACAUACGGUUUUGAGACACCAAAGAAAAGCGCAUGCAAACAUCUAUGGAAGUGCUGCGUAGAACAUCACUCAUUUUUCCGACUUGUAAGAACCGCUCCGAUGCAGGCCACUUCCGGAUCAGCUAGUAUGAAUUCAUUGAGUUCCAAAUUCAGGUACAGCGGUCGAACGGAACGGCAGCAGAUCAGUGACGCCGUGGCACAGCAACGAGCUCCACCAGCAUUCACCAGAACACCGUCGCGGAGGCAACCACGUCGAAUAAUGGACGAGAAACCAGAAGAGAAAAUAUUUGAUGCUCCCAAAUAUAUACAGCAAGAAAUCAAAUCCGUUUCGAUACCUCAACCAGCCCAAACGUUUGAUAGCCCUUAUCGUUCUACUUGCAGCAUUCCUGCUGCACUGAACAUUAGCAGCAACAAAUCGUAUCCGGCACCGCCGGAUUCCCCGCGUAGCACUCGAAGUGCACCGUGGAUGCGAUCCCAGCAGCGCGGUUUGUUCGGAAUCAACUCAAGCCCGAAAUCGGUGCGAUCGGCUUCCACCAGGAUGAGCGCACCGGCGAACACAAACCGGAUGCGAUCGAGCUCGGUGGAAAGCCACUCGUCCAAUGAUUCACGUUCCGGAAGACGUCGUCGACAUCGAAGCCGUCGUGUGUCGGACAAUGAAAGCGAAAUGUCACGCGGAUCCGGACGUUCUGGGCGUUCCGGGCGGUCACACAAUUCGCACCGCAAGCAUCGCCGUCAUCGCUCCAAGAACCGUCGGAACCGGUCCGAUACGGAAAGUCGAGAUCGUAGCUACUCCAGUCACCGACGAUCCACGGAAUCUAUCGAACUGGUGGACUCCGGUGAACAGUGGCUCGAAGUUCAACGUAAACAAUCGGAUAGCGUCCAAAAGGCAGCCGUCAUCAAGAGUAGCCAGGUACUGAAAGGAUCAACACCCGACUCGGGAAUUGUGCAUCAUCACCGCAGUCGGCGACAUCGGAAGCACCGGUCACCUUCGGAGAAGAUUUGGUCUAGUGAACUGACGAAACACUUGCAGUUUGAUCUGGUCGAUACCGCAGGAAUGACGGAGGACCAGCUUAGAGAAAUACCGUACACUGUAGUCGAAACUGACAAUCUAGCUACCAAAAAACCCAGUGCACUCAAGGUUCACAAAACUAGUCAUCAUGGCAACCCACGGGUCGAUCGGAUACGGGAGUACCCUAAGGAGAAUGUGACAGACAAUCUGUGCGGUGUGAAUGGGUCGAUUCGGUCUGCAAGUACCAUCAGCUCAUCGCGGGAUUAUGAUCGGAACUCCGGACUGAUCAGAAUGAUGUCCAGCAUGAGCAUGGGAGACUUUAUUUCACCGACGGGAUCCAGCCUUAGUCCAUUGGAUAGCUCUGGGUUGCGAGUGAGCCACGAACACACUGACUCCGGUCUUGGAGCGGAUCAGGAUUAUGCAUAUUCUUCGGAAAGAUCCAGUGACAGCGCCAAAUACGGAACUAACAAGUCGUCGGGAGCCUCGGUAACCUCAGCACACACCAAAUCGUCCUCGUCGAACAACAUGAAGAAUCAUCACCAUCCAGUGAGUAAUAGUAGUACAACAACCACGACUAGGAAACCCCCACUUUGCCCGAAUAGGCAACAGAAGUUUUCCGCACCGGUUAUUCCCGGUGUACAUUGUACUUCCGGCGGUCAUAAUAAUCGUCUGAUCAAUAGUAGUAACACACACUUUCAAAAUAAUCACUACACGUUUAGCCUGAACCGCAACAACGAAGCUUCCGGGCACGGAAGUCGUAACACCUUCGGAGCCAGCACUGGUUUCGGGUUGAACUCCUACGGUUAUCUAGAUUCGGCAGCAACGCUAUCAUCAACAUCGCCGUACCACUACUACUACGAUGGUGCCGGAUUUCGAGCCGGAACCAAUCAAUCCCACGUACCAGGUGUGCCUGGGUUCGAAAACUCUCGGCUUGGUUCCAUUCGUGGAACCAAGUCCGACAUUGGAGUCCCCAUUCGACCCAAGCAGUACCGUCACCAACAGUACAUUAGCAAUGUGCAUAAUCCCAUUCGUACUGGGAACGGUGGUAGUAAACGGGCUAUAAUUCCGUCCUCCAAAACGGACUAUCUAGAGAACUAUAAGACUGGCCUAGAGAGACUUAAGCUUACUGCCAACAACAGCAGCGCCAAUAACAAUGGCAGUAACAGUAAUCCUCCGGAAGCAUUCACCGGAUUGCUAAACACUUCCGCGAGUGUACAAAAUAUUAUAAAUAACAACUUCCAACCGUGUGCGUCCAGCAACGGAACUAGCUCGGUUGGUAGCAGCCCCGGCAAUGGAAAACCCAUGUCCAGUAAGGGUCCACUAGUUUUUCUGGAUUCGAAUAAAAAUCGAAAUAGCCCCGCCCACGAUAACCAAUUAUUUCGGGCAAACUCCGGAACAGCUGCCUAUGGAUCUCCGGUGAAUGAUAGUGCCAGUGUACCGAAGGGCGGCAAGAAUCAGUCGGCGAAGGGGGACGGGAGUGAUGAGCCAGCUCCCGCGUCAGUCACGGGUUCCAACCUGCACAGAACCGCCGUCGAUUUCAGUCGAAAAAAUUCGCUCAACAGCAAGAUCGAUUCCAAGGGACCGGCGAACAGAUCGUCCAGCUUGGAACUGAUACUAACACCCAUUAUUCAAAGCAGACGGGUGCAGUAAUCAUUGGUGAAAUGAGUACCGAGCUGUAGAAUUCAGGCGGACAGACAGACCAAUCCCUGUGCUUUGUGAAAGUUUUGAAAAAAUAGCCCCGACCAACUGGAGGAGAAAAAAAGAAUUAAGAUGGUAGCUAGCAACGAAUGCGUUCUUUUUAAAAUAUACUGUACCAUACUCCUAUUAUCGCCUAAACUUAAGGAACCAGAAAAAUCAAGUGUUGUGUUUAAAUGCUAAGCCUUUCGAAAUGUGUAUAUUGGUAGACACUAUCGUGAAAUAGAUGUUUGAUGUUAAUUCUUGAGUGAGAACGCCGAAUUCAGGACGCUUCUUUAGAUGUUUCUAGGUCAUUUUAAGAGAAUUUUAAAUGUGCUCCGAUAUUAUUUUGCCACUUGUCUCUCUUUCACACCACAGUUUACGAUUGCAAUUACGUACCAAAUACUAAAUUUUAGCAGGUUUUACAAGUAUGUAGUAUCCGUAACCGUUACUGCCGAUAAUUAUAAUACGCUAAUCAAAACACACAUACACAAACACACGUAUACUUGUUAUUUGGACAUUCAACGCUAACCGAGAGAAGAACAGUUCUAAGUGUUAAGUGAAAAGUCAAUUUUCAGUAUCUCUUCAAUGCAUGUAUCAUAAAAAACACCGAUGUAUUUUUACAACCUAUAUCCGAUGGGAAGCAAACUCCCAGAAAAAAAUGUAACAAGAAAAUUUAUCUGUAUUUUCGAAUAGUGAAGAAAAAUUAAUUUGUAAUGUCUGUGCUAACACUGGAAAUACAAUAAAAACAAAACAAAUAUUUACGAACCUA